CGGUCAUCACCCACAACCAUGCUCGAGGGUCUAGUGGCGAACCUCCUGAAUCGGUUCUUGGGCAUGUAUGUCCAGAACUUCGAUCCCAAGCAGCUCAAUGUCGGAAUCUGGUCCGGCGACGUCAAAUUACGAAACCUAGAACUCCGACGCGAAGCCCUCGAUCAGCUACACCUACCUCUGAAUGUCGUGGAGGGACAUCUAGGGUCGCUGACGCUCUCGAUUCCAUGGUCAAAUAUGCGGGGCAAGCCGCUAAAGGUCAACAUCGAGGAUGUCUAUUUACUCGCGGCCCCCAAGGAGGAUGCUGAUUAUGACGCCGAGGAGGAGGAAAAGAGAGCACAUGCGGUCAAGAUGGAGAAAUUAGACAGCGCAGAACUACUAAAAGAACGAAACACGGAAGGCAUGAGUGCUGAGGAGCAACAAAAGAACGAGAGUUUCACGACGAGCAUGGUCACUGCCAUUGUGGACAAUGUUCAGGUGACAGUGAAGAAUAUCCAUAUCCGUUACGAAGACUCGAUAUCCGACCCGGGCCACCCAUUCGCAUUGGGUCUCACGCUUGCCGACUUCAGCGCUAUCAGCACUGAUGAUGAUUGGAAACCCACCUUUAUCCAAGGCGGCACGACAACGACACACAAGCUGGCAACGCUGGGCUCGCUGGCUGUAUACUGGGAUACCGAUGCUAAACUGAUAGGCACCGGCCGAGGCAGCCAGAGCAAGGAUGAACAGAACAUUAAUCACGACGACUUUAUCGAAAAGGUCCGGAGUAUGAUUGUGCGCGGCGAAAACCCUACUUUGGGCGACCAUCAAUUCAUCCUCAAACCCAUCAGCGGACGCAUGGGGCUGGAAAUGGACAAAACUGGCAAGUCGGAUCGGCCGAAGAUGAAGGCGCGAUUGCUGUUUGACGAGCUGGGUUUCAUUAUUGACGAGGAUCAAUAUCGCGACGCUCUCAUGCUAGUCGAUUUGUUCCACUACUUCAUCCGCCACCAGGAGUACAAGAAAUUUCAACCAAAGUCAUCCCCGAAAGAGGAUCCUGCCGGGUGGUUGCGGUUUGCUGGCCAAGCUGUUCUCGACAAGAUCCAUGAGCGAAACCGCCAAUGGAGUUGGGGAUACUUCAAAGAACGCCGGGACGAUCGGAUACGAUAUAUCGAUUUGUUCAAGAAGAAGAAGCGAGAAGAGAAGCCCACACCGGAGGAGGCGGAGGAGCUCGACAAGCUCGAGCGCAAAUUAUCAUACGAAGACCUUCGAUUCUGGCGGUCGCUUGCGCGCAAUCAAUUACGCAAAGAGAACGUCGGUGUCAAGAAACCACCCCCGAAGCAAGGUUGGGGCUCCUGGAUCUGGGGCUCCAAAGAAGAGGAAAACAAAGACGACAACACUCAGAUGACAGAUGAGCAGCGCGAAGAGCUGUACAAUGCGAUAGACUGGGACGAGAAGAAAGCCAUCACAGAGUCUGUAGACAUGCCGCGCGAGUAUGUGAAAAUGGAAGUUAAUAUGAGCCUACGAACCGGAAGUUUUACUCUCAAGCGUGAUCCUCACGGAAAGUCCAACGAAAUACUUCGCCUGCUAUUCGAUUCAUUCAGUACACAGUUUUUGCAACGCACAGAUUCCAUGUUCGUCAAGGUAGCACUUGAAGGCAUGCGAUUGUAUGAUGGUACCACUGAAGGAAGUCUGUUUCCGCAGAUCAUCACCAUCAAGGACGCUGCUCCUGUUCCUGAUGACCAUCGCAUUGAGGAGCUUAACGACGAUGAGACUCUUAGAGAAGCUGAAGAUCAAGAGGAGGAAGAGAAAGAAGAUCCCUUCUUCCAGCUUUCUUUCGAGAAGAACCCAUUGGACGGCAGCGCUGACACGGCUCUGACCAUGAAACUGAAGGGUAUGGAGUUUGUCUAUAACCCAAAGUUUAUUGUGGAAGUCGCAAAGUUCUUCAAACCACCGGAGCGCCAUAUGGAAUCCAUUGGAGCCCUCAUGGAGACGGCCGGCGCAACCGUCGAGGGCAUCAGGCAGCAAACGCGUGCUGGCUUGGAAUUUGCUCUCACCGAACACAAGACGAUCAACGCACAGCUGGAUCUCCAGGCCCCUCUCAUCAUUGUUCCUGAUUCUGUGACGAAAAAGUCAAGUAACUGUUUGAUUCUGGAUGCAGGUCAUAUAAGUGUUACGAGUGAGCUUGUCGACAAGGCGACACUGCAUGAUGUUCAAUCGAAACAAAAACAACAAUACACCGACGAGGACUUCCGACGUCUGGAAGGACUCAUGUACGAUCGCUUUCUUCUCAAGCUUCAAUCUACCCAAGUGCUCAUCGGACCCUCGAUAGACGAGACUAAGGCGCAGCUCGACGAGAAAGCCGAAUUCAAAUCCCUGCACAUCGUCGACAGAAUAAACAUGGACUUCAAAGUGGAGACAUGUAUUAUUCCAAAGGCGUCCGAUCUCACAAAGUUCCGUGUUUCUGGAAACCUUCCUGUGCUCCAUGCAUCAAUUUCCGAUACCAAGUACAAGAAUCUCAUGAAGCUGAUCGAGGUGGCUAUACCGAAAUUUGAUGAGGGCGAGCCCAGCAAGCAGGUUGUCGAGGGUGCGCAAGGACUAUCAAAUCUAAAGCCCGCCAGCGAAGCCAAGCCCAGUGAAGAUCCGCUGGGUCGACCGAGAUCGAAAUCGUUCCAAUUCGCCGCACAAGAACAUGAGCUUGUCAUGGAGGACGAAGGCGACGAUGCCAAAGAUGAUAAAUUUGAAGACGCGCCCGAGAAGAAGCCAGAGUCCGAUGCUAACAUUCACCAGCGCAAUUUCGAGUUCAACUUCACUGUGGACAAGCUUCAGGGCUCCUUGUACAAGGCCGACUCAGAAGGCAAGAAGGCAGAUCAGCUGCUGGUUGAGCUUGUGGCUGAACACUUCGAUCUCAAUUUCUACCAAGAGCAAUUUGAGAUGGUUGCUAUGGUAAGCUUGAAGAGUUUAGCUGUGGAAGACCACGUAGAGGCGAACCCUAUGCCCGAGUUCCGCAAUAUCAUCUCCUCCGAGGAUGCGUCCGAAGAAGAUGAACAAAAAGAUUUGUUCUCGCUGAAGUUUGUAAGAGUCAACAAGGAGUCUCCGGAAUUCCAAAGCAAGUACGAGGGCAUUGCGAUGAAUCUGGAUGUGGCUGUCUCCACCAUCAACUUGAUAGUAACAAGAAGGACGCUACUGACACUGCUCGACUUUGUCCUCCUCACAUUCACCAAUCAGGAUGCACCGCAGAACCAACAAGCACAGAUUACAGACAAGUCAGGGCAGCAACAGUCUCAACAGCAGCAACAAAAUAAUCAGGAUAAGAUCCGCAUACGAGCCGAGCUCAAGCGUGUUGCCGUUGUUCUGAAUAACGACGGAAUACGGCUCGCCACUCUAAGUUUGAACUCUGGCGAUGUCGGAAUUUUCCUCAGCGGCGGAACAAUGCGGAUUGGUGGACGUCUAGGCAACUUGAACUUGAUCGACGACGUCAACCAGGGCGUGCCAGAGGAUUCGCCCAUGCGGCAAUUGGUCACUAUCGAGGGCAAGAACCUGGCAGACUUCAGCUAUGAGACGUUUAAUAGCGAGUCCGACAGCUACCCCGGAUACGACUCGUCCGUCGUACUCAAAACUGGCUCAAUCAAGAUCAACUUCCUCACGGAACCAUUCCGGAAGAUUAUGGAAUUUGCGGUCAAGUUUGGCAAGAUGCAGGCCAUCUUCAAUGCUGCUCGCCAGGCCGCUGCAAAUCAGGCGACCCAGAUCCAGCAACGUUCGGCAAAGAUGCAUUUCGACAUUGCCAUCAGCACCCCCAUUGUGGUAUUCCCUCGAAUGGUUAUCUCAGAUAAACCAGACAGGGACACACUUACAGCCAACCUGGGAGAGAUUUAUGCUAAGAACAAAUUCGUGCCCUUGGACGAUUCUGAAGAUGCUGUCGUGGCCAACAAAUUAUCGGCUGGCGUGCGAAACAUCAAACUGACAUCGAAACUGCAUUACGACGAAAACCGCGCUGAGGAGCUGCAGCUCAUUGACAAAGUGGAUGUUGACUUUAAUAUCACAAUGGUGGAACAUACACCUGGGCUCCAUCGACCUGAUCUUGAAAUCGAUGGUAACAUGUCAGACAUCAACCUGCAACUCUCACCCGAGCAAAUGAAGUUUGCACUAGAGCUCUCACGCUCAAUUCCCGCUGCUUUCGCGACUGACUCUGAUGAGGUGGAACAAAACCUGCACCAGGAACUCCCCGAGGAGCAGACACGUCCAGCAAGGCAGUUGAGUGACAAGCCGUCGACACCAAGCCCACAAGAUUUGACAUCAAGCCAAGGCCCAGAGCUGUCGGCUGAGGAUGGAAAGUGGACCAAACUCGACUUCGUCUUCAAAGUGGGCACUGUUGGCUUGGAGCUUGUUCAAUCCAAAGAAGGCGAGCCCAUUGGUGAUGUCGAGUCUGCAAGUCUAUCAAAAUUCUCGCUCAACGAUACGAAUGUGAAGCUUCGCAUGAUUAGCGAUGGCGCGCUAGAGGCCGAGCUGGUAGUGCAGUCAUUCACCAUCCGUGACAGCCGGUCGCAAGGAACGAACAAGUUCAGAAAAAUCAUGUCAUUGAUCAACUCCGAUGUCAAGCAGCAAUUCAUGGCAAGCAUAUCAAUGUCGGGUGGGCAAGAAAAGAGUUUGAUUGCUCUCCUCACUAUUGAUAGUCCGAGAAUCAUUCUGGCUCUGGAUUACCUGUUCGCACUACAAGCCUUCGUCAAUACGGGACUGGCAACCGAUGAACCUCUGGAGAUUGAGGACGAAACAGACGCCGAGGAUCUGGAAAGCGAUUCGGAGAUCAUGUCGCCGGAUGGUAGCCGUUCACCUGUAAAACCCGGCACAGAGAAACCCGAUGAAAGUGGCAUGAACAUCUCGUAUCGCGUUAAUCUCGUCGAUGCCCAAGUCGUGCUCAUUGCAAAUCCAGCAAUAUCAAGCUCGGAAGCCAUUGUUCUUGGCACCAAGCAGGUACUCGUAUCGAAGCAACAGGCCAUGACCUUGCAAGUCGAUAAGGUGGGCAUGUUCCUGUGCCGUAUGGACCGCUUUGAAACCAGCAGACUACGUAUCCUUGAUGACUUCAGCAUCCAAACUGCCCUCGAUAUUAGGAACCAGGGUUCCAAGUCGUCUCUCACAAGCAUCACCUGCGACAUUGAGCCCCUUGUACUGCGGUUGUCUCUUCGCGACAUUCUCCUCGCAAUGCAGAUUGUCAAUCGGGCAUCGGCCAUGUCAGGUGGUACUGAUGACAAGAAGAUGGCCGAUGAGAAGCCGCAGCAGCUCAAACAGAGUACACCUUCUAAAAAGGGCAAGUCGACGAAAGCAGCCUCAUCAAAGCCGCCAACCAAGUCUCUAGCUACCAAGCGCUCUGCUCAAACCAGUGUAUCUCAACAACCGUCCAAACCGGGCUCUGCUGUUAUUAAGCGAGAAGAGAUGAACAUCAACAUAGAAGGCAUUCGAGUCGUAUUUAUUGGUGACGUUCACGAAAUGCCCAUGCUAGACUGGCGUGUGAAGAAGUUUGGAAUCGACGUCCGAGACUGGUCGGGAGCAUUGACCGCCGACACCAGUCUCGAUACUCUCAUCAACGUAUACAACUUCUCGAAAUCGGCAUGGGAGCCGCUCAUUGAGCCGUGGCAACUAGGCUUCCACAUGGCAAAGGACCAAAACCCGGAAAGAUUUGGAGUAGAGUUGUACUCUCGCAAAGCUAUGGAACUUACCAUCACUGCAGCCACCAUCGCAUUGGCAUCCAAAUCAUUUGAUUUCCUCACCACCGAGGAGGAUAUUCUGUCUAAGCCACGAGGCAACGAUGCGCCUUAUCGGAUUCGGAACUAUACCGGCUUCAACCUCGACGUCUGGGCGGAAGGCAAGGACCUAUCAGAGGGCUACGCUUCCAAGUUGGAAGAUGGAGAUGAGCAGCCCUGGCGAUUCGAAGAUGCUUCUGCUACCAGAGAAGCUCUGUCGACUGAUGGCGCAACUGGUGUGCUUGGUAUUCGUCUCGAAGGCAGUGGUUUUGACUCCAUACCACGCAUUCCUGUUCAUCGUGAGGGCGAGGCGUUAUACAAUCUGAAGCCCAAGCAAGACCGUAUUCAACACCGUAUCCUUGUAGAGGUCAGCCUGGGUGCCGACAACGUCAAGAAUAUCACAUUCAGGUCACCACUUCUCUUGGAGAACAACACUCAGAUCCCCAUCGAGCUUGGCAUUUACAGCCCCAAUGAAGGCCACUUGCUCAAGAUUGAGAAGAUCUCACCUGGUGACGCCAGGCCAGCUCCAGUUGGAGCCGCAUAUCUGCACUCCCUCGUUAUACGCCCAGAUCAAGGGUUUGGCUACUCAUGGUCAAACGAGCAGCUUCAUUGGAAGGAUUUGCUCAAACGCCCGACUCGCACAAUCACAUGCCGAGGAGAGCAAGACGAUCAAUCGCCUCCCUUUUACUUCCAGCUCCAUGCCUCGUAUGACAGAAAGGAUCCAUUGACAAGCGUGUACCCAUACAUGCGCCUCAGACUAGGAGCACCAGUCGAGGUGCAGAAUCUUCUGCCAUACGACUUCAAAUACAGGAUAUACGAUAGUAAUACGAAGAAGGAUUGGACUAAUUUCCUUCGUAAGGGAGGCGUCAGCCCAGUCCACGUGGUUGAGUUGUCGCAUCUCUUGUUGGUCAGCGUCGACAUGCAGGACACGCCGUUCAAGCCCAGCAAGUUCGGUAUCAUCAACUCUACGGAUCGAGAGAGUUUUAGAAGAGAGGAGGUGCUAGAAGUGAAGGACAAUAACGACCUGACCCUCCACUUAAACAUGCAUUUCUACAACUACCCUGAUGGCGGAGGAUCGUUCAAGGUGACAAUAUUCAGUCCUUAUAUUGUGUUGAACCGCACUGGUCUCGAACUUGAUCUUCGGGCGAAGCAGUUUAUGGGUCAAACACGUGCAGCUGCCGGACAGGGCGUAUUCGCUAACGACGACAAUGAUUCCGGAAAAGCAGCGCCAUUGAUGUUUUCAUACCCUACACGGGACAAGAAGAAUCGUGCGCUCAUCAAAGUAGGUGAUUCCAACUGGAGCAAGCCGCAAAGUUUGGACGCUAUCGGAAGCAACUAUGCUGUCGCGUUGCCUUCCACACAAGCCAGAUCGGAAAUGCACAUUGGAGUGAAUGUGUCCGAAGGAGAAGGAAAGUUUAAUCUCACCAAAGUCAUUACCAUUACUCCUCGCUUCAUUCUCAAAAACAAGAUGAAGGAAGAGGUCCUCAUUCGCGAACCCACUUCCUCCGAUUGGACGUCAGUCAAAGAUGGUGAAUUGAGGCCUUUGAGGUGGUUACGUCAAGGCGGCGCACCGCAGCUGUCGCUGUGUUACCCCGGCGUCAACAAUCAAUGGUCAUCGCCCUUUAAUGUUUCCAACGUGGGCAAUGUUCACGUCAAGCUCUCCAAAUCUGGGCAGCGCCAGAAGUUGAUUCGGGUUGACGUGCUCAUGGAAGGCGCUACCAUCUUCGUACACGUCAGUGUUGAAACCAAGCACUGGCCUUUCUCUUUCAAGAACAUGAGCGACCAAGAAUUUCUCUACUGGCAGGCAAAUCCAAACUUGGAUGAGGAUGAAGACGAUCGUGGCUCAGGAUUCCGUCCAAUCCGGUACCGCUUGCCCCCGCGGAGUAUCAUGCCUUACGCUUGGGACUUCCCCGCUGCAAAAAACAAAGAGAUUGUACUUUCAGCAAACGGUCGGGAGCGACAUGUCAAACUUGCCGAGAUUGGUAACUUGAUCCCGCUGAAGUUACCUCCUGCGCAAGGUCAAAGCCGAGGGAAGAUUGUUGAUCUCAAUGUCGUUGCAUCGGGACCUACGCAGACACUCGAGCUGUCGAACUUCAAGGCGUCCAAGAGUGUAUACAAGCAAAAGUCUGGCUCUGCCUCAACGUCCACCACAGGCGGCUUCGAGGUGAAAGACGUGGAUACUGAUGUAACCUUCAAAGCACAGCUGCGCUUCGCCGGCAUUGGUAUCUCUCUCGUCAAUCGCCACCUCAAGGAGCUGGUAUACGUCACUUUGAGAGACAUCGAACUCAAGUACAGCGACUCUCCUCUUUACCAGAUGGUGAAUUUCCAGGUCAAAUGGAUCCAGAUCGACAAUCAACUUUACGGAGGCAUCUUUCCGAUUCUCUUCUAUCCUAGUGUGGUACCAAAGACAGGCAAAGAAAUGGAGGCGCAUCCGAUCUUCAACACCAGCAUCACGCGUGUCAAGGACGAUUCAUAUGGUGUUCUCUACAUCAAGUAUUUCACAAUCCUCUUGCAACAGAUGACGCUUGAAAUCGAUGAAGAUUUCAUCUUUGCCCUGCUGGACUUUGCCAAGAUACCUGGCGCUUCCUGGUCCGAAGAAAAGGAGGGCAAGCUGUGGGAUGAGUCGCUGGAUAUUCCUGAGCCCAAGCAAGAGCAGUCUGGUCAAGAUGUCUACUUCGAACUCCUGCACCUACAGCCUAUGCAGAUCGAUUUGUCCUUUGUGCGAACCGAACGCAUCAAUGCCGAAGACACUGCGUCAUCGUCCAAUCCGUUCAUGUUCGCUGUCAAUGUUCUUACAAUGUCGAUUGGCAAUGUCAACGACGCUCCUGUCCGAUACAACGCUCUGAUGCUGGAGAACGCCCGAGUUUCGACCGAUGCACUCAUCACAAACAUCAAGAAUCACUAUGUGCAAGAGUCGCUGCGACAAGUUCACGUUGUCAUUGGAUCCGCUGAUUUCCUCGGAAACCCUGUUGGCCUCUUCACGAACAUCAGUUCUGGUGUGGCAGAUAUCUUUUAUGAGCCCUACCAAGGUCUGGUAAAGUCCGAUCGUCCUGAGGAACUCGGUAUCGGCAUCGCCAAGGGUGCAUCUAGUUUUGUCAAGAAAUCUGUAUUUGGUUUCUCGGACAGCAUGGCCAAAUUCACAGGCAGUAUGUCCAAGGGUCUUUCUGCUGCCACACUCGACAAGGAAUUCCAAGAUCAGCGUCGCAUGUCACGAUCCCGCAAUCGACCCAAGCACGCGCUCUACGGCAUUACUGCGGGUGGAAACGCUUUUGCCAGCAGUCUUGCCAGCGGUCUCGGUGGUCUUGCGCGACACCCAAUUCAGGGCGCCGAAAAAGAGGGUGCGCUUGGUUUUGUCAAAGGUGUGGGUAAAGGUCUGCUAGGUGUGCCGACCAAAGCCGCCAUUGGAGCCUUCGAUCUCGCGUCCAAUAUGGCUGAAGGUGUACGCAACACCACCACAGUGUUCGACCAAGAGGGUCUCGACCGCGUUCGGCUGACGCGCUUCAUUGGUACCGACGGCGUGGUUCGCCCUUACUCGCAGCGCGAAGCCUUAGGGCAGUUCUGGCUCAAGACGCUUGACAACGGAAAAUAUUUCCACGAAGAUUACAUUGCGCACUUGGAGUUGUCAAACAAGGAUAUGUUGGUGAUGCUGACGUACAACGGCAUUCUCAUGGUGCGCACAAAGGGCCUGCGGACCGAGUGGGAUGUACCCCUGAAGGAUGUGCAGACUAUUAGCAAAGAACGCACGGGGUUGGGCAUCACCAUCAAGGGAGGCACGAAUGGGCCGUUCGUACCUGUUGCGGAUGAAGCCGGAAGGAAUUGGUUCUACAGGCAGGUUGCUGUUGCGGUUACGGCUUAUAAUGAUAAGUGGCAAGCCAAGGGUUGAUCGUUUUGGAUGUGGUUUUGUAACGGGGGUCUUCUUUUGAGUACAUAGGAGCUGUGGGGUCAGUAAUUAUUCCCAUGGUUUUAUUUUUAUCACUUUUCGUGUUUCUUCUUUUGGUAUUUUGAUCUGCGUACCGUCUGUCUGUCUUUUUCAUUUAGCAAACAUUUUACUGUAGAAGCUAUGAAAUAUAGUCUACGAGAUUCAGGGCUGUUCUUCUCAAUUGUACAAUUUCUGUUCUGGGCGCCACGAGAUAUCGUACAUAGUGCAGUUGCAGUGUCCACACAAUCCAUUCGUGUGAUGCACCUUGGCAAUUACGCAUUGAUAUCUGCCGGACAGGCGCGGAGAUCGUAGAUUGCAUCGCUAGCUAUCGAAUGUCACCGCCAAAUCAUCUGUUGCUCGAAUGCGGAAGUGGAGACUACGAGAGUCAACUGAAACGUGCAAUCAAAGCAACAUAUAUCUUACUAUAUAUAUAUAUAUAUAUAUAUAUAUAUAGAUACGUUAUGAGACCAAAGAAAACGAUAGUUAUUAUUGUUUAUCUGUUU